AGCGGAUAGCACAGAUGCAGAUCACGGCUCUGUCCUAAAGCCUGCCGAGGCGCCUAUCUAGACAGCAUCUGUCGGGGAUAACUGCGCUUUUGAUUGAUUAAACGCAGGCUCACGCGUUUGGGGUGCUGUGAAUGCUGCUGUCUGUGUAGGCCACGAGGAUUGAGACACGGACACACUGUUUGAGUCUCGUCAGCAUGUUUAACCCUCACCAGCAUCACCAGCAGCAGCAGCAGCAGCAGCAGUUUCAUCAGCAUCUGCGGCAGCUUCAGCAGCUGUUUCAGCAGCAGACGCCUCCUCCUCCUCCUCCUCCACCGCAGCCUCCGCCCGCCCGUCACAUCACACACACACGGCCCAUGGCUUCUGCUUCUGCUCGUAUGGUCAACCUGUGCUCAGCCACGCAGGCCAUCAUCGCUCCCAACCCCAUGCUGCAGGGGGCGCUGCUCAUGCAGCAGAUGCAGGCGGGCGGCAUGCGUGGCUUUGCGAUGGGAGGCCAGCAGUUUCCUCAGUUCUUCACUGCGGGCUCCAGAGCGUCUCUUCUGGGGCCCGUUCCGAUGGGAGUCGCCAUCAAAACCCCGCACAUGGGAUUCCCGCGGCACUUCAAGCCUCACACGCGCUAUUUCACCAACGAGUUUCAGGCUCGUCAGCCGGACAGAAAGAGGGAAAACGAGCAGAGAUCUGCGGGAAGCAGCGACGGCCAAUCAGAAGCCAGCAGCAGCAGCAGAGCAGAUCCGGGAUGUCAGGAGUCUUCAGAGCAGCCCGACGAACCAGCGGCCAAAAAACACAAAACGCAAGAGUCAGAGGAGCCUGUGGAGACAGAAUCGGCUCUAAGUGCUGAGUUUAAGAGCCCAGAUCCUGCAGAGCUCUCUCUGCAGGAGGGAGGCAGCGUGAACGGAGCGCUGGAUGCUGAAGCGGAUGAACCGAGUCAAGCGGCAGAGCAGGUUGAACGCACAGAAGCUCCAGAUAAAGACGUCGAGCAGCAGAUCAGCGACGGUCCAGACGCCGCCGCAGGCUCCGAUUCGGUCCCUGAGAUCAAGGAGACCACAGACACUCCUGAGGAGCGCAGAGACGCAGCAGCAGAGACCUCCAACAAGUUCUUCUGCUAUAUUUGCAACAUCACUUGCCAUAACCAGCAAAGUUUCCAGAGCCAUAUGAACGGACUGACGCACCAGCAGAAGAUGAUGGAGAUCCAGCACAUGAGCAACGCGUGUCUCGUCACGCUGCUGCCGCGAGUUCAGGAGUCCCUGGAAGGAGCUCGCAGAGACAGUGAGAAGAGACCGGGUCUGCAGAGAUGGUGCUCCACCUGCCAGACGCACUUCACCACCAACGUCAUGGAGCAUCGCAGAACCACGGAGCACAAGCGCUGUAUCCGCUCGUCCAGCUCCAGCUGCUCCGUCUGUAAGCUGCACUUCAGGACACACAGAGAGUUUGUGGAGCACAUGCAGUCGACGGAGCACAAGCAGCGAGUCGAGCAGCUGUGGAAGGAGUCGGAUCAGAUGAACGCUGACGUGUUUCUGGGUGAAGAGGACGGCGAGUGCAGCGACGACGAGAGAGAGGAAGAGGAGAACGGGAAGGAGGGUUUGUCUGCGCAGAUGGAGGUCACACUCGAGGAUCUGACCGAAGACGAGCAGUUCGACUCGGACACAGAGUACGGCUCGAGUUUUGUGGUGCCUGUGGCUGGUUUUCUCUGCCGUCUCUGUAAUCAGUUCUAUCACUUUGAGUCUUCGGCUCGACACACACACUGCAAGACGCUCACACACUUCCAGAAGCUCAAGGUAAGAUGA